CCUUCCAUACAAACACCUCUCUUCGUUACUUCUUAAUUCUUAUUUCCAUUCUUUUCUAUAUAUUUCAAAUAUUAUAACACAUCGUUUCUAAUGGCAACACAACCUCAAAUUCAGCAUCCCAACAAGGCAUUAGGAUAUGCAGCAAGGGACCCUUCUGGGCUUCUCUCCCCUUUCAAUUUCUCCAGAAGGGAAACCGGUGAAAAAGAUGUGGCUUUCAAAGUGUUGUAUUGUGGGAUAUGUCAUUCUGAUCUCCACAUGGUCAAGAACGAAUGGGGAUUUUCCACCUAUCCGCUGGUUCCAGGGCAUGAGGUCGUUGGUGUAGUGACAGAAGUGGGAAGCAAAGUAGAAAAGUUCAAAGUUGGAGACAAGGUGGGUGUGGGAUGCAUGGUUGAUUCAUGCCGCACCUGCCAAAACUGUGCUGAAAAUCUUGAGAAUUAUUGUCCACAAUUUACGCUCACAUAUGGUGCUAAACAUAAAGAUGGCAGCAUCACAUAUGGAGGCUACUCUGACUCAAUGGUUGCAGAUGAACACUUCGUGGUUCGCAUUCCUGAAGGGUUACCACUUGAUGCUGCUGCACCUCUCCUUUGUGCUGGCAUCACUGUGUAUAGCCCUCUCAGAUAUUUUGCUCUAGACAAACCUGGACUACACGUGGGUGUGGUUGGUCUUGGUGGACUAGGCCAUGUCGCUGUCAAGUUUGCCAAAGCCUUUGGGGCAAAGGUGACUGUAAUAAGUACAUCACCAAACAAAAAGGAAGAAGCAAUACAAAAUCUUGGAGCUGAUUCCUUUUUGAUAAGCCGUGACCAAGAUCAGAUGCAGGGUGCAAUGGGUACUUUGGAUGGUAUUAUUGACACAGUUUCUGCCGUUCAUCCUCUCUUACCUCUCAUUGGUUUACUCAAGUCUCAUGGAAAGCUUGUAAUGGUUGGUGCACCAGAGAAGCCUCUGGAGAUGCCAGUCAUUCCUUUAAUUAUGGGGAGAAAGAUAGUUGCUGGGAGUAGCAUAGGAGGGAUGAAAGAGACCCAAGAGAUGAUUGACUUUGCUGCAGAACACAAUGUAAAACCUGACAUUGAAGUCAUUCCUAUUGAUUAUGUCAACACAGCAAUGGAGCGCCUUCUCAAAGCAGAUAUUAAGUAUAGAUUUGUGAUUGAUAUUGGAAACACACUAAAAUCCAAUUCUUAAAUUUUCGCGAUUCACAUUUCUGUGGAAGAUAAUAAGUAGAAAGUGUGAUAGCUUUCAGUCUAGGAUUUUUCAAGUAGUUUCCUAUUUCAAAUUUUGUUAUGUAUAGUAUUUCUGUAAGAAAAGUUUGUAUCACGAGUGAUGUUUAUGAUCAAUUUAGUUUAAAUUUGAGUUACAGUUAUAACCGA